UUUGCACUGGUGGUAAGUGUUGACGGAAUGGUAUUCUACGCAUCCCCGACAAUUGUGGAUUAUCUCGGAUUUCAUCAGACUGAUGUCAUGAAUCAAAAUAUAUAUGAUUAUAUUCACGUGGAUGACCGACAAGAUUUCUGUAGACAACUGCACUGGGCUAUGAAUCCACCACAACUGCGGCCUGGACAACACACACACACAGAGGAAGGAGAAGAAUUCAUCCUUAAUAAAAUGUUUAAAGCGCAGGAAAAUGACAUGAUGCCAACCGAAUUUUCACCCUUUUUAAGCCGUCGUUUUACCUGUCGAAUCCGCUGCCUUUUAGAUACGACUUCUGGCUUCCUUACAAUGCAAUUUCAAGGCAAACUCAAAUUUCUUUUUGGGCAAAGAAAGAAAUCUUCCUCUGGAACAGUAUUGCCUCCUCAGCUGGCUUUAUUCUGCAUGGUUGUACCCGUUUUGCUUCCUUCUGCGACUGACAUGAAGUUAAAAAGCCUUCUCGCAAAAGCAAAAUGCAGGUCCGAUAACGCUGCCCCAAUAUAUAUGAAUUCAAAGGCCAUGUCAGGACAAUGUGUGGCUGAUUUGCACGGAAGAAGCAAUUUCAUAGAAGGAAGGACUAAUAAAGACAUGAUGAAAUGGCAGGCGAAUGAAGACCAGUGGGUUUGGAUACAAGCGAAUGCACAAGUCGGUUGCCGAAAUGGUUCAUCUGAAUAUGUCGGUGCCCUGGAGCAAGCCCCCAAGGAAAGAGAAGAUCAUCAGAAGAUACCAAACAACACAACGAGCCUGAAAGGGAACAGGGAUACAGGAGAUCUGACGAAGCACUGUAAAUGGACCACAAUGGAAAAAGAGCAGAACUGCAUAAAAGUCAAGUUUGAGGACCACACAGACGAUGACGACGAUGAAUGUUUCGGUGCACAAGAAUUUUUCAGUUCUAAUGGGUCGCUCUUCGGUUUUCAGCACAGCAACAGCACUAAUGGCACAUGGGCUUCGAGGAAUCUGUCCAGUUCCUGCACUCGAGCUCAGCACAAUGAGAAUAUGGGCCCAAACAAAACCCCGAAACCGUUUUAUCACAGAGACCAGCGGCCCUUCGGCUCAUCCGCUGCCUGUUCUUCGCACUGGAGCGGCAUGGAAAAUUGCCAGCAACAUCCACAUUUGCAGCAAUACGCCACCAACAGCCAUUCCAUGGAAUAUACGAAACUGCCGUGCCCACUGAUGUCUCCAGAAGUGCCGUACAACUCGCAGAACAUGCUGAUCAAAACUGAGUACGAUUCAGAUUCUGAAAAUGUAGCUAAUAGUUAUGCCGUUUCCCCAAGUCAAGUCUGGAUGGAUGAAAAAAGUGCGUUGAAGAAGCCAUCCUCUCAUUUCCCCUCCAGGGUCCAUCUCAAAGCAGAACUGGGUUUCAACGAGCAUCCACCUCCGUGCCAAAGUCCAAAACGUUGGGUUUACUCGCCCUAUAAUUGGCAAUGCCUUGUGAUGCAUCACAGCAACCUCAUCAGAAGUGGGCCUGGGAGAGGGGCGGAUGACAAGGAGACCUGCCCACAGAAUCCCAUUGGUGUAGAAUCUAUGGAGGACAUGCAAGGAGCAUAUUGCUGUAAUCCAUUUUAUAAUACCGGUUUUGCAGAGGAAAGAGAGCUCAAUACCCAGGUGCUGAAGACACUGUGUGAGUUUAAAAAUCCCAGCUUUAUUCCAACAAUCAAACAUGAGCCUUUAGAUUCUCCACCUCUAUCUGGCAGUAGCCGGAAUGGAGUACAAGCUACUUUCUCUGAAAAUACCUUAGCAGGUUCUCAGCCUCAUAAAAUAAUGGGAUCUACAUUUUCACAACAAACUGUGUAGUAUGUUAGAACGUGGGCACGUGUUGCUCACAACAUCAACAGUGCAGAGAAACGGGAAGUACUUCAUCAAGAGGGACUUCCCGUUGCCAAGAUUCAGACCGACUAUUGCUGAGAAGCUCUGUGCCUUGCUUAAUGCAUGAAUUGUGAGUGACCUGUACUCUGAUUCAGAGCGCAUAGAAGUGCCCUUAAUUUUUACAAAGCCACACUGUGAUGCACUGCAGAUACAAUUUCUACUGAAAUUAAAUAUUUUCAAAGGAAAAAAGGUUGCAAAAAAAUUAUGCAACAAUUUGUUUUGUUUGGCCGGUGGUCACCAAAUCGCCAUGGUACCCAAGUAAUUCAAGAGUUUUAUGAAGAAGAGUUGGUUUUUAUGCGCCCCCUUUUCUUUACCAAAAGGACCCUCAAAGCGUCUUAAACUCGUGUUCCCUUCCCCUCCCCACAACAGAC